CUCACUUUUACAGCACUUACCUGUCAUUCAUAGCGAUCUAAUUAUAAAUUCAACAAUGGAACAACAACAACAACAACAACAACAAUCACAACCGCAAUCGUCUAAUGCUUUGAACAACACGAAUAACAAUAGCGACUCUACUUCUUCAGUUACAAAACCACGUUAUACCGCUGCCGGAUUCCAACUAGGCAUCUCGGAGGAUCGGAAUAAAAGAUGUCGUCGAACCAUGGAAGAUGCUCAUACCUUUGUAUUUGAUUUUAUGGGUAUUCCCCGCCAAGGAUUCUUUGCUAUUUUUGAUGGACAUGCUGGCAAAGCCACGGCGGAAUUUUGCGGUGCCAAUUUUGAUAAGAUUCUAGCAAACACAAUCAAAUCAAGUAAACCUGAGGAGCCUACCGUGGAAGUGUUAAAUAAGGCAUUUUUAGCUGUGGAUGAUGCAGUAAACCAACGUGAAGGCAAGACCUCUGGCUGUACAGCUGUAGUAGCUUUCGUCAAAGUAGAAGAAGGAACCGAUAAGCGUACUCUAUAUGUUGGUAAUGUGGGUGACGCCCGAGCUGUAUUGAGUCGUCAAAACAAAGCAGUUCGACUUUCUUACGAUCAUAAAGGAUCUGAUUCUCAAGAGGCACAGCGUAUCGUCAAACUGGGUGGGUUCAUGAUGAACAACCGGGUCAAUGGUGUUUUGGCUGUAACAAGGUCCUUAGGUGAUAGUGUGAUGAAAGAGUUUGUAGUCGGAAACCCUUAUACAACUGAAACAGAACUUGGACCAGAUGACGAUUUCUUAAUUUUGGCUUGUGAUGGGUUAUGGGAUGUUUGUGAGGACCAGGACGCAAUUAAUCUUAUCAAAGAUAUAAAGGAUCCCCAAGCCGCCAGCCAGAAACUAUUAGAACACGCUCUUGCUAAUUUCAGUACCGAUAAUUUAAGCAUCAUGGUUAUCCGUCUUGCUUCAGAAUAACCAAGACAUCUAUCCACUACAAUCACUUCACUUGCCUCGCUUAUUUUCUUUUUAUCUUUUAUAUUAUUUUUUUUUUUUUAUUUUUGCCCUUUCCAGAGUACAUUAUCUCUCUUUUUUUUUUCUAUUAUACUUCUAUAUAUAUAUAUA